AUGUCCACCAGCAGCUCCACUGCCGCAGGGGGAGGGGGGGCGCCAUGGAGGAACAACAGCUUCAUCCUGGGAGGGGGACGGGACCCCCCUCUAUCUGACCAGGGGGAGACAAUCAUCGGAGUGUACCUGCUGCUACUGGGUGAGACCCACACACAAACACUAUCCACACACGCAAAUCUCGGCUGCAGUCACAAUACACAGGGAUUAGCGGAUCACUGUAGUACUACACUGAAGACUACACAGGUACCGUGUAGUAUAAACUGUUUUCAAACUUUUUAUUAUCCUGUAACCUCAUAUCUAAUGGUUUUAAGUGUGCAGUAAUAAAAGUAAGUCUUGCAUCGGUGGUAACCACUGGUCUGUAGACAUUAAGCUAAUGUUUAAGUGUCAAAUACUGCAGUUCUUGGAGUGUCCACUAGAGGCUGUCUGCAGAAGUCUCUGAGCCACAUUCACACUCAUGUUAAAAAGCUCGCAGAAAUAGAGCAGAAAUAAAAAUGUUUACAGCCUGGUUUAAAAAUUUGUUUUUGUCUGAAUAAUUGAUUUCUUUCCCGCACACAUUGUAGGGGGUAUACUUUUUUCCAAAUUUUUAAAAAACAUUUAGUUCAUCCUUUUUUGUGUAAUCAGGGAUGUGACAGACAUGACUGACAGGUGGACACACUGUAGCUGUUUAAAAAGAAGAGGCUGAAGGCCACUUUAACUCUGCAUCUCAACCGCUUGUUGGGCCAACCAAACGUUGAAUGAAGUCAGAGUUUUUAAUAUGGUGACCUGUAAAUCCUGUUGACCUGCAGAUCUGUGUUUGUGUAGACCUGUGUACCAGUUGACCUGUUGAUCCAAAGACCAGAAGACCUGCAAACCUGUAGGCCUAUGUACCUUGUGUGCCUGUAUAUCUGACACCCUUUGUGUUAUUGUGGUGCUUUUAGGGUGGCUGUCCUGGUUUGGAAACAGCAUCGUGCUCUUCGUGUUGUACCGUCAGAGAGCCACGCUGCAGCCCACUGACUACCUGACCUUUAACCUAGCUGUCUCUGAUGCCAGCAUCUCCGUGUUUGGAUAUUCAAGAGGAAUCAUCGAGAUCUUUAAUGUUUUCCAGGACAGUGGCUUCCUCAUCUCCUCCAUCUGGACCUGCCAGGUAUUCCUGAGACCAUACUGUGGACUCACUUAAGACUCACCUGGGACUUCAUAAUAGAUCCACCUGACACUUACCUGAGACUCAAACAUGAAAUCACCUACAGACACACCUGAGGUUCAACCUGGGACUAACCUUACUUCCAAGACAAUUUUUGCAGUCGGUUUGAACUCACCUUAAACACACCUGACACCAGUCUGACUUAACUACCUGAAACUGACAUUAAACCAGAAACUUAAACUUGACACUAAUUUAAAACUCACCUGACAAAAUCCAGAAGCUUCAACACAACUCACCAAAAACUUGAAACCCACCUGAGAAUAAAUGUAACCCAACCUUGGACACCUGUGCAUUAUCUCAUUGCUAAACUUGAAACCCAUCUGAUACUCAUCUGAAAAUUAAUCACUUAAAGCUUCCUUGAGACUGACCUUGAACUCAUCCAGGGCAUGUUUGAAUUUUUAACGUGAGACUCACCUAUGGCCUACUCCUUGGUCUCACCUGUUGGAGACUCAUGCAGUCAUGACAGGCUAAGAGAGUAAAUUUAGAGAUGAGGGAGGUGGAGUCUGACAGUAAUACAGCUGUCACCUGUGGUAUCUCUGUUGUGCAGGUAGACGGGUUUUUCACUUUGCUGUUCGGUCUGAGCAGCAUCAACACUCUGACAGUGAUCAGCAUUACCCGCUACAUCAAAGGAUGUCACCCCAACAAAGGUAACCCCGCAACACCUGAGCCUGAACCCUGAGUUACACCUGUUUACCUGGUGAAACCACAUCAGUUCACCUAGUGACUGUGCUGUGUUCAGGGUCCAGGCUCAGAACCGGUCUGUUUGUAAACUCUGAUGUAUUGUCACCUGACAAAUGCGUUUCUAUCUUAAUGUGUCAGCCCAUCACAUCAGCCGCAUCAGUGUAUCGUUCUGUUUGCUGAUGAUCUGGAUCACAGCUGGAUUCUGGUCUGGGGCCCCCCUGGUGGGAUGGGGAAGCUACAAAGGCAGGAAACAUUUUUAUUUUAACCCCUGCUUGACUGACAUUUCUGUGUCCCCUGCCCCCUGCCCCCAGACCUCUGAUCUUGUGUUAUAAGUGACCUCACACUAUUUUCACCUCUGGUCCAAAUUUGACCUUCCUCUAAUUCUCUGUGAGCCAUCACCCCCAUUUCUCCCACUGUAUCUCUUUUGCUAUGACUGUUUAACUUCGGACCCUGUUUUGCCCCCCCGGACCGUGUUGGGACUUUCCUAAAUACCUGAACCACGCUGUGUCCACUUUAACCCCAGUUGUGACCAAAAUGACCCUUUUUGAUUAAUGAAUUUAUCUUAUCUGAAAAUCCUAUGUGUCCCAUCUUGUCUAACCCUUCUUUGAUCUUCUUGAAACCCAAGGUCAUCCUUGAUCCUUUAUUGACCCCUUUUGAUUAUAGUUUUUACCACUACUCAAUUCCAUUUUGACUCAUCUUAAACCAUUCUACAAAACCCUUUCUUAACCCCCACUUUAACCCAUCUUGACCUUUCAUUUGUCCCUUUUUGAAUAUGGCUUUAGCCUCUCUUAAACCCCACUCUGACCUGUUUCGAUCACAGUUUUGACCCGUCAAACCCCACUUCAACCCAACCAUGACCCAUUUCUGACUCAUUUUUUUAUCCCAGUACCAACUUGUCUUUGACCCUUCUUUUUUGACCCUUUUGACCAAUUUUUCUGAUCAUGGGGUUGACCCCUUUUUAAUCCAACUUGGACCAGACUGUGUCCCCGUCUGUCAUAGUUUUGAUUCCUUUUGUCUCCAUCUUCCCUGACACUUCCUUAAUCCUGUUUUUACCUUACCUUUAACUCUACCUUCUUUCCUUCAUUGACCCCUCUUUGAUUAUGGUUUUUAUCCUUCAUGCCACCUCGUUUGGCAUUUCUUUGGUCCUUUGUCACAGCUUUGUCUCCUCUUCAAGUUCACUUCUACUAAUUUUUGAAACUUCUAUGAUCUUGUUUGAUUAUGGUUUUGAACCCAUUUUAAAACCUGUUUUCGACCCCUUCUUGUCUGAUGACCCUUAGGAUUAUGGUUUUGAUCCUUCUUAAACUCUAUUUCCACUCUUUUCAAUCUAAUGUCCCCUCUUUAACCUCAUUUAAACUCACCAUUGACCCUUCUUUGAACCCAUUCAGCCUCCUCUUUGACUCUACUUUCUGAUUUGAUCCUACAGAUCGGGGUUAUGGGACCUGUGAAAUAGACUGGGCCAAAGCAAAUUACUCAAGCAUAUACCGGUCGUACAUCAUCUCCAUCUUCAUCUUCUGCUUCUUUGUGCCGGUGCUCGUCAUGCUUUUCUGCUAUGUGUCCAUCAUCAACACAGUGAAGAGGGGCAAUGCACUGUCAUCUGAGGGAGAUCUGACUGACCGCCAGAGGAAGAUCGAGAGGGACGUCACCGUUGUGAGUUUUCAUAAGCAUAAAUCUGAAGAAAAAAAGAAAAACAGGUCUUCUUACAAGAAGGACUGUUGAGAGUCAGACUGAGUUAACCACAGAUAGGUGGUCUUGACUAAUUCAGACUUUGGCUGACCUGCUUCACAGGACCUGUUCAAACAGGCGAUGCUGAUACAUCAGAAACAGUUAGACCUGCAGGAGGGUUUUUGUCAUCAGGCAUUAGUCCACUGCCUGCAGUUCUAGAGUCCGGACCUUUGUUGUGGUUUGAAGCAGUUUUGUGGUUUCAUAGUGAUUUGUUUUCUGUAGGUUUCCAUAGUGAUCUGCACGGCCUUCAUCUUGGCCUGGUCUCCGUACGCCGUGGUGUCCAUGUGGUCCGCCUGUGGUUUCCAUGUGCCAAACCUCACCAGCAUCUUUACCCGCCUGUUCGCCAAGUCCGCCAGUUUCUACAACCCCCUCAUCUACUUUGGACUCAGCUCAAAGUUCCGUAAAGACGUUGCCAUCCUACUGCCAUGCACCCGGGAUGCCAAAGACACCGUAAAACUGAAGCGCUUCAAACCUAAGGCUGAUGCACAAGGCCGGCCUGCCGGAGGAGGUGGAGCCAGACUCAAAGUCCCUCUGAACCGUACUGAGAGGAAGUACACAUCCUUGAAUCAUCCACACCCUGCCCCCAGCCCAGACUCAGGGAUGGGAAGCCCUCCCUGCACACCGCCACCACACAAUACAGAGGUGUUCUACAUCGACCCACCCCAACACUCUGAUGACAGCUCUGAGUAUGAAUGUGCCAGACUCUGA